AUUUACAAAAUAAUCUCUCUCAAAUUUGUUCCAUGGCGGAUUUACAAAUUGUUCCUGCUUACAAGAAUGUAGAGCCUCAAUAUGUAGAGAUGAAGGUUCCUCUAUAUUCUUAUGGCUGUGAGAGGAAAGUUAAGAAGGCCUUGAGUAAUCUUAGAGGAAUAUACUCAGUAAAUGUUGAUUAUCCUCAACAGAAGGUGACAGUGUGGGGAAUUUGCAACAAGUAUGAUGUGCUUGCAACUAUCAAGAAUAAGAGAAAGGAAGCUCAGUUUUGGAAUCCUGAAGACAACAUAAAAAUGGAAGAAAAUGAAAGAGAUAAUUACAGAUUUUCUAGUAAUACUAAUAAUAAUGCUAUUUUGACUAGAGCCAAGUCUUUUAGUGUUAGAGCUCUCAGAAAAGUUUUCAUCAGAACUCACUCUUUCUAAUAUUGCUAGCUAGGGCAAGCUACUUAUGUAUUUUCCUACAAUAAUAUGACCCGUCUUUUUAUUCCGCUUUCUUUAAAGGUGAUACGAACACAAGAUAUAU